AUGUAUUUUUUGUUUCUGUUGAUUAUUUUAGAUAUAUUAAUUGUACUACUUGCGUAAUCAGGAUAUGUAUUGCUUAUAAUUAUAAUCAACUCCUCAAGGGGAAUCUAUAAGCUACAUAUCUGGAAUAAGUUUGGAGCAUUAUCUGGAAAACAAGCAAACUAAAUUUUAGACCAGAAACUAAAAGAUCUGUUGCAGAAGCAAAACUAAAAGGAAUUUGAGAAAUAAAAACGUCUUAAAGAAAUUCCCAGUUCAUUCCAAGCUAAUGAUUCAGAGCCAAUAUAAACAAUACUUAACUCAAAAUAGGAUAUAUUAGAUGAUUAGGGCUUUCAUAAAAUUAUAAUCGAUAAUAAUUCUCUAGAGCUUUAAGAAGUUGAAUCUCUUGAAUCAAAUAAUGAAUCACUAAAAAAUACAAAUACUAAUCUAUAAUAUGGCAUUGAUAAUUAGAGUUAAGGAAAUCAUUAAAUUGUAGAGCCUCUAGAUGAAUUAGACAAUUUUAAUCUUAGCAAAUUCUAAGAUUUAAAAUAUCUACAAGAGGAGAAUGUACAGCAGAAGUUUGUGAAUAAAAGAAAAUCUGUGAUUCAAAAGCAAAAUCACAGACUUAAAGCUAAAUAAAAGUAAAGCAAUAACUAUUAUUACAAUUUCAAUCAUAAAAAGUCAUUAAAUGACAAAUUUAAUGAACUUGACAAGACCGAUGAGGCUUAUAGAUUUGAUUAAUUCUGA